AUGAAGCUUUCUCAUACCAUCACGGCAUUCUUUUGUGCCAUGAGCGUUUCUGCAUCGCCUCUUUACACAAGGCAAAUCGGAGGCGUCCUGAUUUGUACUGGUGCCAACCAAACAGGUGACUGCACCCACAAGGUCUACAAGCUCGAGAAAUGCCAUCAACUUAAGAAACCCUUUCUUUUCAACGUCACCACAUUCGCUCCUGAUGGCGAAUCGUUUGAAUGUUUCCCACGCACGACUGGGUGUAAUGAUACCUGUAAGAGUCCUACAGGGUGCACAUUUGGCCCCGUUGAUUUCAACUACGAGCACAAGGACAACCUGACUGCCAUACAAUGGAACACUCUUUUCAACAGCUUCGAUUGUUCGCUCAAGAGAAAGAAGUCGUCGUCGUUGCUUUCAUGA